AUGUCUUUUAUCCUCGAUCCACGUGGAGACUUGCCUCCUCCCAAUAUCGAGCCGACUUCGUACUAUUUCGCGCACCAUCACAAACGAGCCAUUUCUUAUGGUCUGCCCACAAAGAAACCCAAGAAAAAGCAGUGUUAUGAUUGGAUCUUCUCAACCGCCUCCAACGUCCACAUCGCCAUCGAUCGUGCUGCUUUCAAGACAUACGUCUCCUUCAAGUCAUAUGUUCUCACAGUUUCUGAUCAACGCCAGGUGCCGGUUCAAGGCAUUGGGACAGUCGAACUCAAGCUCCGGCGAGAGCCCGGAAGUCGAGACAACCACACCAUUGUCCUGGAAAAUGUCUUGCAUGUCCCGUCUUGGAUUUGCAAUGUUAUAUCAGACAUAUACUUUGUACCCGCUACCCUGUACGAGCACACAUGGACUGAGUUUGGCGUCAACCUCUUCUUCCGAGACAAGGAUGUCUUUAAGGCUUGGGGUUAUACUGAGAACUUCUGUGGUCUGGACCGACUGGUGCUGUCAAAAGGCUAUCAAGGACGCAGCCCCAUGCUCGAAGACCACGAACGCGAAGUGUUUUCUGUGAGCUUGACUUGGCCGCAGAGUCAGAAGGAUAAGUGGGCGAACUUCGUUGCCGAAGAGAUGAAACGAGAGGCCACGCGCAUCGAAAAGACCUCCAAGAAGAAAGUCAUCGAGGAUGAGAGGCAAGGUCUGAAACGGGAGGUCAAGAGCAAUUUGGGAGAGAACACCAAAUAG